CGCGCCCCGCCCUGCGGGCUAGGAACUUGCAUGGGGCGCCGCCGGUGGCCGAGGGAGCGUGACUGCGCUGCGCAGGGCGCUAGGAGGCAUUGUAGCCGCACAGUCCCCUUGGUGAGCAGCAGACCGGCCUGGGGGCUGGCAGCAGGACACCCAAGUCUGCAUGCUGAAGAAGAUGGGAGAGGCUGUGGCCAGAGUUGCAAGGAAGGUCAACGAAACAGUGGAGAGCGGCUCUGACACCCUGGACCUGGCCGAAUGCAAGCUGGUUUCCUUCCCCAUUGGCAUCUACAAGGUCCUGCGGAAUGUCUCUGAGCAGAUCCAGCUCAUCACCCUGGCUAACAACGAGCUCAAGUCCCUCACCAGCAAGUUCAUGACCACGUUCAGUCAGCUCCGAGAGCUCCACCUGGAAGGGAACUUCCUGCAUCGCCUCCCCAGUGAGGUCAGCAGCCUGCAGCACCUCAAGGUCAUCGACCUGUCCCGGAACCGGUUUCAAGACUUCCCCGAGCAGCUCACCACCCUGCCGGCACUGGAGACCAUCAAUCUGGAGGAGAAUGAGAUUGUGGCAGAUGUGCCUGUGGAGAAGCUGGCCGCCAUGCAGGCCCUGCGCAGCAUCAACCUCCGCUUCAACCCUCUGAAUGCCGAGGUGCGCGUCAUCGCCCCGCCGCUCAUCAAGUUUGACAUGCUCAUGUCUCCAGAGGGUGCACGGGCCCCUCCACCUUAGGGCACCCUCCUCGUUACCACCCAGCAAGGGACAGAGGCCACUGGCCUGGCACCCUGAGAGGAGAGAAGCCCAUGGGCCCGAGGGAGGCUAAGCUGGGGGGCUGGGGUGGGUGGGCAAACAAGAGUGUGGCGGGAGGGGGUGCAGCCAGUUCAGGAUGGCUAGUUUAGAGCAGUAGAGGGCCCCAGAACCAUGAGGAGGAGGAGGCAGGGUGGGGGCUGGGGCCAGGAGAGUGGGCACACAGGGGCUGUGCAAACUUGGGCAGAUCCCCCACCCUCUCUGAGCCUCGGUGCUUGGGAGGAGGGAUGGUGGCAAAGGACUUUGGCCUCCUUUAGACUCCUUGGAGGUUUUAGCUUCAAAUCACCAGGCACCCUCUGAGCCUGCAGAUGAGCGUAGCUGAGCAUUUUCUGGGCCUCCCUGGGCUUGAGGCCUUGUUUCUUGUGCUGAGAGGAGUAGAAGACAACCGUCCAUCUGCUGCUUCCUGAGGACUGAAUUGGAUGAAGCUUUCACCAUGCCCCGUCCUCUACCACCUGGCUCCCUGGACUGGCAGGAGCCCGAACAGGAAUCUGAGAACGCCGUGGCCCUGGGGCAGGGCAAAAGUGGUCAUGAAGACGCCCAUGGACCCUAAGGCUGGGACCUUGGGGAGCAAGUCAGGACAGCUCUGUCCGCCUUGGGAUGAAGAAGUGAGUGGGUAGGAAGUUCCGAGCAUCCAUUCCUUCCCGGGAAUGCCUGUCCAGGUGUACCUGGUCUUCAUCCCCUGAGCUGCAGGAGAGGUGGCCCAGGGACAGCGAUGCCAUCUGUGUCUGUGGCUCUGGUCCGAGGUAAUUAGGUGACCACCCUCAUCACGGCCUCCGUUUGGCAGCAGCCUGGCUACCUUGUAAUGUCCCCCUGGGAGCAGAAGACACUGUGGUCAUUGGAUCCAAAGCCACCACCCUGAAGACCUAGCCAUGCUGAGGUCUUCAACCUGCAGCCUAGGGUUUGCCAGGCAAUUUGGUGACCAGCCAUCCUGGCUUGUCUGGGACUGCGGGGUUUCCUAGGAGGUGGGGCUUUCAGUGCUAAAACUGGGAUGGUCCCAGGAACGUGGAAAUGGCCGGUCCCCCACCAGGAACAGGCUGGGGCUCUUGCCUUCUGGUAAAGCCUGUGCUUUGAUCCCCCACGAGGCUACAUCUCACUUUCUCACGGGAGGGGCAAGCCGACCCAGGGCUUCCCCCGAGCCCACCUGCUCUGCACCUUGAUCUGGGUCUGUGGAGGCCCUGAGGCCCCAGGCCGUGGGCAGAGCUGGGCCACUUUACCAUGCCCACCGUCAGGCUGCCCAGAGCCCCGGCUGCCGCUCAGAGCAGUAGCCUGCCUCAGAAGGCCCCCAGUUGCCUCCCUGCUCCCAGGUCUCCUGUCUCUUGGCAAGGAGCUGAACAUGUGGCCUGUCACUGAAUGUUUAGUGUCCCAAGAGAGACCUUCCAUUCUGCUCCUAUCUCAUGGCCUUCCUGUCCACUCUGGAAGAGGGUUUCCAGGAUGAGGAGGGCAAGGCAGGAUGUCCAGGCAGGGCUGCUGAGUUCAGCUGUGGACCCUGGGCAGGUGGGGGCAACGUGCAGUCUGGGCUGGGCCGGCCCCGCCCACCCGUGCUCUGGGUCUCUCCUGGUGAAAGAGGAGGCCUCUUCUCUGGUGUGCCCAGCCAUCUCGUGGCCAGAGCCUUGCACCUUGAGGCGUGAUCUGAGGCCAGCCACAGCAGCAUCACCUGGGAGCCUGUUAGCAACCCAGAGUCUCGCGCACCCAGGCUUCCUGCAUCAGAAUCUGCAUUUUAACGGGAUCCCCAGCUGAUUCCUAGAACUAUGUUAUAGUUUGAGAAACAAGGCCCUAAGGGCAUGUCCUUGAAUUGGAAGGCAAAGGCUUUCUUGGUUCUCCCCCUGCCUCCUCCAGGGAUCUGAGUCUGUGCUCUGCCUCCUCCCUCACCCUGGGGAGACCCAGAGCCUCUUGAUCUUUCCAGAGUGUAUGACACCCCCUUCGAAGGGAGUGACCCCAUGCACCAGGAGGUGAGGGUAGGGUGUGCUUGGCCAUCUGGAUCCGCCUCUCUGGUUCAUCCCUGCAUGCCAAGCUGCCUGCUCCAGGUCCUCACCUCUGGCCCUUUGAGAGGGCUGCUUCUGGAAGUUGCCUUCUACUCCGCUGGGACAGCAUGCCCUUGCCUCCUGGGAGAGCUUGGGCAGUCCAACAAGCUCCCAAUCCAGGCUCGCAGCGUGAGUGAGCCCUUAGCUUCAGUCUGCAAUAAAGGAUGUGUCGGUUUCAUCUG